GCGUAGCCGGCGCGUCCAUUCAAGUCGGGUCGGCGGUACGCCCCCGCUUCACCCUAUUUUCACCCCAAUGCCCGCGUCCCUCGUGGAAACAAUCUUCAGUUCGCGUUUCACCCGCACUGGGGCUGCCUGUCGCUCGCCGCCUCUGCUGCGAAAACACCGCGAUCUUUCUCAAACUAGUGCAAUAUUCAAAACAAUUCGAAUUUCGACUUGUGUUCCAUUUUAGUUCUCGUUCAAGAUUGUUGCAAAUAGUUUUUAGUGUUUUAGUUUCGGCCAGUGUUUUGUUGUUUGUAAUUAUAUUUUCGGCGUGUGUUGGUGUAUGUUUUGUGGACAUCCGCAUUUAGCAAACUUACAUCCAACCACAUCAUUCCAUUUUGAGUGAUUGUUUAUCGGCGUAGAAAGACGGUAACGUCGGGGAUCCCUCAACAUCACUCCGAAAUAUUGCCGGUCGCACUAAGAUUGGGCGGUGAGGCGCAUCGGAGGACGGUUUGAUGGGGCGGUGACCCAGCAUGCGCCGCGUGCCGCUAGCCGCGCUGCUGCGGCUCAUCAUCAUAGCAGGCGGCGCCAAUUUCGUUAAUCCGUACGUGAGUGAAGAGCGCGUUGACCUCAACCAAGUAUGGGUGGAGAUACCUUCGACACUCGUGGCUUUGGGAGGAGACGUGCACAUCCGAGUCCACGGCACGACAGGAGCAGGCCUCAAGGUCCGCAUCGCUCGAGAAGACGAUGACGGACGAGCACUCCUCGCCACCAUGCCUUUAGCACUAGACUCCGAAAACCGCAUGACCCUACCUUGCGGCUACUUCUCCAGAGGAGGCACCUACUACCUAGAAGUCAUUUCAGAUAAGGAUCCUUAUUUACCAGAUUAUGACAAUACGACAGAAGGGAAACGUGAGGUGGAGAUCAGUAACAAGGUGAAGAGAGACGUCAGUGAUGGUAGUCUGAUGGAGACUGGUGAUAGUGUGGUGAAGUCCUGGAAGUUUGACGUGAUGUGGCCGACUGCGAACCUGGACGUGACGCCAGAACAGAUCCAGACGUACCCUGAGAGACAGGUGAUGGCUAUACUGGAGUUCCCCAGGGUCGUGUGUACUCCCAUUGAGUCGAGUGCAGAUUUUUGGCUGGAGUUGCUGUAUUGUGGGCAUUCUAGCGGUGGAGCUGUACUGUGUGAUGGGAAGAACACCAGCUCACAUGCUCAUGUGCUGUAUUCUGAACAGAUGCAUGGUUUCCCUGGUCGUCGGACGAUGACGCUGCGCUGUGAACUCUUCGGUCAAGCUGGAGACUACGCGCUUACAUUAAGACCUGCAGCUGCUGCGGGGCCACAGGAUCUCGCCACCGCUUUUAUCAAAGCGGAUUGGUCAGAGCAGUUCGUGCUGAACGUGCACGGAGGUUCAGUGUUUCCCUGUGGAGAUGGAGUCAGAGUGCUGUUCCAGUACCCUGAGUGUGUGCUGGAGGGCGCUGACCGAGUCAGAGUGUUUGGGAGGGACGCCGACCGACUGCGGUACGUCGCUGAGAGGAGGGUUCGGAGAGGCCAGCACACAGUGUCGUUCGACUGCCGGCUGUUCAGCGAGCGGUACCCGGAGUACUGCUUCGUGUACGUCUCGCAAGCUGUGACGGGCGCCGUCGCUGACGUCAGAAUGGACUGUCUACCCACACUGCCGCUCUCAGCAGAUGGCGGUGCUGGUGGCUGGGGUCAGUGGUCGGCGUGGUCAGCGUGUCCUGCCCCGGCGCAUUGUUCCACCCGCACGCGCAGUAGACACCGCUUCUGUGACUCCCCUCCUCCUGCUUAUGGUGCCAAGUUCUGUGAGGGUCAGGCAGUGGAGUUGGCGGCGUGUGAGUGUGCAGCGCAGCCUUGGGCUGGAGACUCCUCGAUGGUGGUGGCAGAAGUUGGUGCUAGGUGUCGCUGUGGCUGUGUACUGCAUCUCGCACCCACUGCCAGACUGCUGGCUGGUUCCGCCAGAGCCUGUCCAGCUCGGUCGUUCUGGCUUCUCAGGGCUGAGGAAGGUCUGGUGGUCAGACUUCGAAUGGAAGCUGUGCGUCUCCCGUGUGCUGGACAGUCGUUGAGGGCCAGAGAUGGUGACUCAUUGGGGUCGCCACUCCUGGCUUCCUGGGAUGGACCUGAUAGUACCGCUGUGACAUCUGGUGACGUGGAGACUACGACAGACGGUAGUGGUGUGAUGGAGAUAGCUGGGGGUCGUCAUAUACUGGUGGAACUGCGGUCGGGAGACACCAGCGACCGCUGUGCAGGCGGGUUCCUUGCUCACGCCACGCAGAUAGAACCGAUCCGCAAUGCAUCAGCAGCAUGGGCAUCAGUCAGUGGUGGGAUGUGGUGGCGAGGCGGCAGUGGUGCGAGGGAGGCUGCCGUGGCGCUUGCAGCCGCUGCAGCGCUGGCCGCGCUGUGUCUAGCGCUGCAUUCAGCGCACCGCACCAGAGCUUACCAACGCGCUGCUGAUAAAGAGUCGCUCACCGACAGUGACGCAUGCUCAGCAUCACUGGAGCUGGGUGGAGCACCGACAGGGUCGCGCAGUACUCUUCUAUCUGAAGUGGUGGGCGGUGGAGUGUCACUGCGGCGGCUGCUGCCUUCGGGGAAGACGAGGCACACGAGGCUCCGAGACUCCGAUAGACAUUCUGAAAAUGUGGAACAGAGGGAUGAAGAGGAUCCCGGAACUGACAUUGAAGCAGAACCAGACAACACAAGCGUCGUGAGCGCGGAAAGUGUUGCCAGUCAAGCGACAGUCACCCCUGAGACGGUGUCGUCUAGCAGCGCCCCUGUUACUGGCAACAUUCCACCUUCACCACUUCGGAGAUCCCAUACAGUGUCUGUGACUAACGUCUCGCAGACACAUGCACCACAGGUAACUUCACCACCCCAGUCGACAACCGACUCUCUGGUGGUCGAAAUGAGUACCAGCGUGAGCAGCGUGAGUGAAAGGGACAGCUGUAGCGAGAAAGACAGAGACAGCUGCAUGUGGGACAAGGAUAGAAGCGAGAGCAGAGCAUCGUCGUCAACGUCCGCUGCAACACUGACUAAUGGCUGGUAUUCACCAGCUCUUAGCGGCGUGUCUGCAGCAAAGAUCAGGGACAACCCGAAGCACACCAAGGAAUCUUGCAACCGUCGCCUGCUGAGGUCAGACCUCAGCCUCACUUCACACCCGGAGAUGGAGAUCGACUAUUAUGACUAUGAAGUUAAUAAUGCUGGUUCAGUUCCUGGUUCGUAUUUGGGAAUGGAUCCAGCGUUCCUAGUUUGGAUCCCACCGCUUGAAGAAGGCGAUAUUCUCAAGGAGAUCGAUGAAAACAAAGUGCCAAUAUAUGAGGAAAUAUUACCAAAGGACCUUCAUCCUGACCCUGGCAGCAACACGGAGUCACCUGAAGACAGACCAUCAUCAAGCACUCUCAAGAGAAACCCUGACAACCGCAUCAACAGGUCAAACGAAUCCAUCAAAUCAUUCCGUAAAGUCAUCGAGAAGGGAAACAUAAUACACCCGCUAAACUUCAGCAUAAGUGAUUUGCAAAACUCGCCUAAAAUGGCGAAGAGGAAUAAGAAAAAGAAAGCUGAAAGUCCCGUGACGAUACAAAUGAAAGAUUUGACGCUAACGCGAUCUCCAGUGAGAGUACAUAGAAAAGAGAAUCGCAGUGACUACGAUACGUCGACAUUAAAAAGGGUAAAUGAGGCCAAGGAAAAAGAUUCUGCUACCCUAAAAAGAAACGAUUUCUCUGAUAUAAAAUUCGCUGACGAAAAUUCUGAUUCAUCAAGUGAAAUUAAAUUUGCCGAUGAUUCGCCAGAUAGCAAUAGGAUUGUUGAUAAAUAUAAUGUUAAAACUUAAUUAGGAUCGUUGGAACCCGUUAGAUAGAUACUGCAUUCACACUUAUUUAAAAACGGUAUCAUAAUUACCCCGUUUCUAAAUCACGGAAUAUUUUCUUAAUUUUUCUUCAAACACGAUAGCAAACGAAUUAUAAAGUAUGAACUAACCGCCGUACUCAGAGUCAUUUAAUAGUUACUUAACCCAGUCCUUAACAAUUGUUCACUAUGCAAAAUAGUUAUUAAGAAAUAAGUAGUUUUAGUAAUCAUUAAAUGUCUCUGAGUGCGGCAGUUAAUUGCUCCGCUGACAUAAAAUAAUCAUUAAAGGUAAUAUCAAUAAUCACAAAUCCAAAAGAGCUAAUGAAUAUUCAAGGGGUUUAACAUUUUAAUUUGAUUAACAAUUCCAUUUCCCAUUAGUUGAGUGUAAGGACCAAUCUGUGAAUAAAUCCGACAUAUUAUAGCUCUCAUAUCAUCAAAAUAAUAUUUUUCAAUGUCAUUGUACCAUUUAUCAUCGAUGUAAGGUAGUCACACAUAUAGUCAUAGAAUUUUAUAAUCAAGCUAAUCGUUAGUAGUAUUGUAGAAUUCACUUGGCCCUCACUUUUAAAUAAAUAAUGAUGAUAUUGCUUCAAAUAUAGAAAAAGGUAUCAAAAGACCAGAAUAAUUGUCUCGAAGUGUUUUUGGUCCUUUGCUACGAAUGCUAAGAUCCGAUAAAAUGGCGAAAUCUUUUUCUAAAUUUCAAGUAAAUUGAUGUUACUCGCAUUGUAUAUACUCAUAGCAUCUUCUGAUUGUUCUCACAUAAUAUUUAUUUAGUUUUUAUCAAUAAAAUAAUGACAUCGCUGUGCCCACGCUGCCAAAGAGUAGUUUAUUUAAUAUCCUAAGUUUCAGUCAAUAAUUUUAAUGUUUAUUAGAAGACUGACUUUCGGGCAGUGCAAUAAAUUAACAUUCGAAAGUAAUCUUAAAAUUUCUAGUCAUUUUGUUUAGAAGCGAUUAAUUAAAAACUUAUUUUGCUAACAAAGAAUCUGAAAAAUUCUUCAACGAGUUUUAAAUUACUCUUUUCUUGGUACGAAGUAAUUUGAAGGAUAUAAUUAUGAGCGAAUUAAUGUAAAAGCAGUGCCCUUAGUAUGAGUUUGCUUUACGUUUAAAAUAAACGAAACAAGAGAGCAUCGGGCGUUCUGAUUGGUUGGUCGAAUAAACCGGCCAAUCAAACGCCGAACGCAUUCGUUUCGUUUACUUUUUUUAAAGCAAACUUGUACUAAGGGUGCAAAAAUACAUAAUCCUUGUUAUUAUAAAGUACAGGAUUGUAGGCUUUAUUUAUGUAUUUGCAUUUAUUUAUUUACUAAGAUGUAAGUAGCAAUAAGUAUUGUUUUUAAUAUUAUUUGUAUAGGUUUGUAUGUUCCUGAUAGAACUAAUUGUUUUAAUGUUUUAUUUGUGGAAGCUCGAUUAAAGGCAUUUUCAUUUUGUAAUUUGA